UGUGUUUAUAAACGGAUGGUGGAGUGGUGCAAAAAUUUGUCUUCAUUCCUUUAAUAAAUUUUAGCAAGAUUUCAAUCAUCCUGAUGAAAUAUUAUUCAUAAAAUCGAUAAACAAUAGAUCAGUGCAGUGAAUUUUACUGAAUCCGCUUGUGUAAAGUCAGGAUUUUUCUCGGACUCGCCACAUUUUUAUGCUGAUGAAAGUUGGUACACCGUGAAUUUGAUUCGCCUAGCUUCUAUCGUGAAAGAGUGAGUGCAGAAUAAAUUUCGUGAUGCGUGGUGAAAUGAAUUAACUCUUUCUAUAGACAAGGUUUCGGUAAAAUUUAUGAUUGCAAUCGGAAAAUCACAAUAUAGAAGAAUCUAUCGUCAAAUGUAAUAACGAAAGCGUAGAUUGUUGAGUCAUACAGAACAGUUUCGAUAACUGUAAACUCUAUUGUGAAUGUAUAAGUCAACAGCAACCCUGUACAAACCACAAUGCAAAGCUUGGAGCCGGCAUCAUGUCAAGAAGCAGAUUAUAUGUUAAAUGAUGCCUACUGUAAACUAAGAAAGUCUCCAUCGAGACAGCAGACGCUGUUGCUCGAUCCAUCGCCGCAGUAUCCGAGUCUACCUAGUCCUAUCCUAAAUGACAGCACCCCAUUGUUCAACACUAGUAGCAGUAGCAGUGCGACGAGCCCGCUGCCAUCUUCGUCAUCAUAUGCGAUCUUGAGCGGGAUCCACUCGACAUCGCCUCCUGCGACGCUACUGGCCACACCCUCCUCGUCGUCAGUUUCCUCGUUCCUAGGCCCUGGAGGAGGAAGCAGUUCGUCGUCCCAGCUGCUCAAAGCCUCCCUAUCAAGUGGUUCAUCCGGAAGUAGCUUAUCACUAAGCAACCAUUACCAUCAUCACAUCGAUAAGAGGGGAGCGACUGAUUCCGGCUACGUCAGUAGUUCCCCGUCAAAGAAAUCAAAACUAUCUUCCUCGGCCGGAUCGUUGACAGCAUCAGGGUCUUCAUCAAUCAACAGUUCUUCCACAGGCGCUAGUAACUUCACCAGUGGCAGCAGCCACCAUCAUCAACACCAUCAUCACCACCACCAUCAGUACCACCAGGGCAGUAGCAGCAAUUAUGGAUCGGCAGGAUCCCCUCAGCAAACUGGUGCCGGUAGCUCUGGUGGUUCAGCGUCGGCUGGUGGUAGCUCUAACCCUACUGGCAGGUUUAACAUACAUGACAAACUUAGGGAAUUGUAUCUUGAAUUACUAGCUGAGGACAAUACUGAAACUAAUAGGCUUAACUUAAGAAAUACUUCAUUUCUGCUGGAAAAACUGGUGUUGCGAGAGAAUUUGAACACUCUGAUCCUAAAUCUUUAUCCCGGCAAUAAAGGAUACUCGUUAGCAUUUAGGAGAGGAACUGAACAAACUAAUGAUGGAGGGCGAAAUAUCUCAAAAAGUGGUGCUAUAUCAUCAGAACGUGCAGGGUCACCUUCAAUGGGGUCGCAGGUUACAACGGAUAUCAACUCUGAGCAACUUCAAGAAACCAUUCGGUGGCCGUAUGAAGAGGAGGAACUACUUGAGUGUAUUGAUCGGGAGGAAAUCCCACUGGUCCUGGUUGAUAUGUUCGAAAGCAAGUGCCCUGGAUUGUUCUACUCGGGCUGUGUGAUUGCGGAAAUCCGAGACUACCGGCAGUCGUUUCCGAUCUUUACCUGUGAUACGUACCAUGUGCUGCUGAAACCAACCAAUCAGACUUUGCUAGCCGAUGUAAACCUGCUGACGUCGGAAGGGGAAUGGAGUCCGGAGGAGAAGAUAGCGCUCGAAAGUCAACUCGUGUUGGCAACCGCGGAACCGCUUUGUUUAGAUCCUAAUCCGGAAGUUGGAAUAAUGGCCAUCAAUCAGCAACAUCGGCGUCAUAUCUUCAACACGACAGCGAUUCGUAGGCAAGCAAAGAAGUUCUCCCAGGUCGCCAUAAAUCGUAAAAGGAAAACAGAUCAAUUCACCCACAGUUUCGGUCUGGAAUUGAGCGAUUUCAUGACAAAGUACCGCGCCAAACCACGUCAGUACAAUGCCAGCAAACGAAGCGUUGUGAGCUUUACACUGCCGAAGAAACCUUCCGAUGUUACGCCAGCGGUGAAGGUGCCAAGUCUGGAUCUGCCAGAACUAGCGGCGCCUUCGGAAGUGAACGUGGAGAAAUUCGCUCGAAAAUAUGACGGGCCGAAGGAGAGCCGGGACUGUAUUCCUCAACUUAUCGAAGAGUACAUCCUUGAAACUGAUCGUGUGGUUAGCCGAGGAGAUACUCGAACGUAUCAUAUAAAAUUGUCUAUUUUCCAACGCCCUAAUUCAGAAUAUUUGGGCGAGCUGUACGUAGAUAGAGAUUACCGCGAAAAUGAACGAAAUGGAGAGGCAUGCCAAUUUACUUUGGGAACCAGGGCACAUGCACAUCGUUACAUACAACAAUUUACGGAAAUCUUCACCGAAGAAGGCAGAAAGUCGGUUAAAAUUACACACCUGGUGCCAGGGCAGGUACCAAAGGUGCUUCACACGGCAGGGAUGCGGGAACAAAGUGUUCAGCAGCAACAGCAACAACAACAGCAGCAGCAACAGCAACAACAACAGCAGCAGCAGCAACAACAAGCAAUCCAACAACAGCAAGCUCAAAUCCAACAACAAAUAACACAAAUCCAGCACCAGUUGCAAUCCCAUCCCACGCAUGCUCUAAUAACCCGGCUGCAAGCAACAAAUCCGGCUUUGGUAUCACAGAUAGCAUCAGCUGGUGGCAAUAUAACAAUAAACACAACAAAUCCAGGCAAUCUACCUGGUAAUCAGCAACAAAUUCAAAUACAUCAACAGCAGCAACCGCAACAACAAAUAACCCAACAGCAGAUCAUAACUACUGGGCCUUCCACAAACAUCAUCACUAUCGGUGGGGCGACGCUACAGCAACAUCAACAACCCCAACAACAGCAAAUUCAUAUACAGCAGCAACAGCAACAACUUUCAAACCAACACCAGCAACAAUUCGUCACCACUAAUGCUGGUCAUCAACAAAUAUUUACCACCUGUGAUACCGCUACCAAUGCCACCGGAGCUACUAUUACUCUUCAACAACAACAGCAGCAGCAGCAGCAGCAACAACAACAGCUUGUUCAGCAAAUCCAAACGCAGCAGCACCAACCGCAGCAACAAACGUUGAGCCUCAGUAAUGGAUCGUUGUUAUUGGUACAACCUUCGGGGCAGAUUUCAAAUCUAACUACCGCUACAGCUGGUACUCAUCAAACUGCCGCAGGUACAGUUGGCAAUGUUGCCACUGGUACACAAAAUAUUCAAGGAUUUACCUUCACCUCAGCUCCACAAACUGCCACUAUCAUCAAUCAGAGCGGUGCAACCGGCACAUCAUCCGCCACUGGAAAUAGAGUCCCUUUGCUUGUAAGGCUUGAGAACAAAUCUUCCCAACAGCUUCAGCAGCAGCACCAACAACAGCAGCAACAACAGUCGACUCAGCACGUUCAAUCACAACAACAAAAUCAGAGCACAGCUACCACUAUCCAUACAAACAAUCCAGAGAUAGAUGCCAUUGCUCUUAGCAUCAUGAACUCAGCAAAUCAAUUCCGACAACAACAACAGCAGCAGCAGCAGCAGCAACAACAACAGCAACAGCAGCAGCAGCAACAACAUCAACAACAACAAAUAGUCAAGUCAAAUUCAAAUGCUGCAAUCAUAAGCUUGCUAAACAGCGCCCCAGCUGCGAUGACCAACUCAUCUGUGUUGAACAGUGGUUUGACUAUUCCGGUUGGUAAAACCACAGCAGAGUUACACCAACAACAACAACAACAAGUAAAUCAACAGCAACAACAUACUAUUCAUCACCAUCAAGUCACUGGAACCACUACGAUAUCGAGCAGUGCAGCGGCCGCAUUGUUCAACAGUGUUGGCGGACGAAAGAUACAGAUACAGCAACAGCCAGGUGGCGGACAGCGAAUAUUGAACCAUACUAAUCUGAUUGCCGUUAGCAGUAACGCUGCGGGAGGAAGUCUUGGACAGGCACAGUUGAUCAAUAUCCAGCCAGCUACUGCCAGCAACAAUAGUGAACAACAGCAGCAGCAAACGCAACAGAUAGGUCAAGUGCAACCUUCCAAUAUUCGGGUAACAAUGUCCGCUUUGGCGUCCCAAUUGGCCUCGCCUCCUGCAAUUCUCACUACUUCCAAUCUUCCGCAAAGCUUUAACGUAGUAACCGCUUCCGGAAAUGCGGCAGUUGCUGGUCAGAAUUUUACCAAUGCAGCCAACAAUACUACCAGUAAAUUGAUAAUCAAUAGUACAAAUCAACGAAUACUGAACAUUAAUACAAACAACACGAACAGUUCAAGUGCAGCGGCGGCUGUUGCUGCUGCAUUAGGAAUCAGACGUGUUAGCGGAGCUACCACCGAUGGAAAUGGAGGAAUCCAGUUGCAGAUUAAAGGCGCGGAUGGCAUUCGGCGGAUCGCUACCGGUGCCGGUAAUGAUAUUCAGCUUCAGAUACAAGGUUUAUCAUCGCCCGGUAGCGAUCACUCCAAUGCGUCUUCAUCUGCGUCCGUGAAUGUUGCAGGCGGUGGCCCCAGCGGGGCUGGUACAACUGCAGCCGGGGGCACCGGAAACAUGAUAUUCAACAAUAUGUCAGGUUUAAGUGCUUUACUAGCAACGACUUCUCCGUCUCCUCAGCAAACAGCAAACGCUGCCGCAGGCUUGGACAACAGCACGACGCUUGGCGUGGCCAGCACCUCCAACCUAGGAAGUAACAAUAGCAGUAGCAACAGUAAUAAUAAUAAUUCAGCAUUAAUCGAAAGACUGACUUCAUCUAGUAAUAUAAACCUAACUAAUAAUCUUCCGACCGCGAGCCCCGGUCUGCAGUUCACGAUACCAUCGCCUAAAACGCCCCAACAGCAAUCUCAGCAGCAGCAAAUUCUGCAAAUUCAGUCACCAUCGUCAUCGAUAUCACCGCUUUCUAGUCCUCCGCCAACGGUGACCCUUCAUCCACAGCAACAGCAACAAAUUCAGCAGCAACAACAUCACCACCAGCCCCAGCAAACGACUGUCAAUCUACAGGGACUGAACUUUGCCAGUUUACACGGUGCGAUGACGUCGAUUCCGGGGCUACAAAAUGUUCAGGUUCAAAUUCCUGGCUUAGCGCAACCUAUUUCGCUGUCUUUGUCAUCAGCUCCGUCCACGGGUGCAUCGGCAACUGCUAGUGUGUUGAACGCGGCCAACAGUGCUGCUGCUGGCGGUAGCACAGGUCACCACCAGACCACUAGCCUAUUGGUUUCCGUACCGGUAUCAAACGCUGGUACCGGGGGAAAUCAGCUGAAUUCCUUGAAUGCCACAGGAAACGCAGGUACGACCUCGGGCGCUACAGGAACCGCUACCGUGGGUAGUGCAGCUGCCAGUAUACUCGGUGCAAACUCUCAAAACACCACACAAACGGUGGUACUCGCCAACCCCCAAACCAGUGUUGGCGGCUCUAGUCUGCUCUCUUUGCCAAUUGCUCAAAUCGUUACUUCCGGUAUGAAAGGCUUAGGCCAACAAAGCAUACGUGCUGCAACACCCCUCACGGUAAAUACCGGACAACCGGGUCAGCAAAUACAGCUGCUGAACAUCAGUCAGCGACCACGUAGUGGUCAACUUCCGGUGGUAUCGUCCGUCACUACACCAAUAACAGCCAAACAAAUUGCCGCACGUGUAGCAGCACAGCAGCGCAGCAUGGCAGGUUCUACGCUAAAAAUAGCUACCCCAAUAACAGCAACACAUCACAACCAGCAGCUGGGGCAAACUCUGAAUGUAACCACGAAUGCCACCCCAAAUCAACUGGUGAUGACUACGAAACAACUCCAUUUAAAGCUACAACAGCAGCAGCAGCAGCAACAACAACAGCAUGUUCAGCAACAAGCUCAACAAAUUAUUACAACUUCAAACCAACCCGCCGCUACACAAAUCCAUAUCCAGCAGCAUCAACAGCUUGCCCAAGCUCAGCAGCAGUUGCACCAACAAGUUCAAGUUCAACAACAACAACAACAGCAGCAACAGGCACAGCAGAUUACCAUCAACAAUAGCGUGGUGACGUCGCUUCCCACAAUCACCCCACCACCUCCGCCGCAAUUAACCCCCCAUCAAAGCGUGGUGAAUGCGUUGGCCAGUAAACACAGACGGAGAUCGGCCGCCGACCUGAAUAAGUAAGCUACUUCUACGCACGAAGUAAGUUGGUUCUUUCCUAUUCCACAUACACGAUUACAUUGGCGCCCAACCAAACAACAGCUCUUCUCUCGUUAAGUCUAAUUUUUAAUCGGUAGAAAAACGAUUUAUAGAUGCCCUCCCCUCCACACGUAAUACUCGCUGUGGCGGAAGGUCCUAGCCCCAUUAGAGGAAGGGACGCUUAUUCGCUCGACGAGUAACCGUUGUCUUCUUGUUUUAGUUAGCUUUAAUCAAAAGGUUGAGAAUUUAUACGUUAUCUAUUAUUUUUAAUUCACAAAAAGAAAUGUGCUAUUGUGCGGAGCAAAUAAAAUCGUAGCAAGUCAGCAUGGAAA